CAGCACAUAAAGUUACCGUUAUGGGCGUUACAAGUUGCAAAUCGCUGAUGCUAGUGUUAUUUACGUUGACUAGCAAUUCAAGACACGUAUUCAUUUAUAAUUUAAAAAAACGUUAAACUCAGAUUUGGCUGUUUUAUUUCAAGGAAUUCUGGGAAUUGGAGUACAUAUGCUGGCGCCCACCCACUUUAGCGCGACAUGUGCAGCUAGCAACAUUCUGUGCUAACCUGGCUACCAUCUUUCACUACUCAGUACAACUUGGAAAAUAUGUCGUUUUGUUUUAAUUUCAACGUGGAUGGAAAUCCGGACGACGUGGACGGGAAUAUGUCGCUCAACUAUAAGACCGAAUGUGCUACGAAACCGUUGGAGGAAAGUGGCAGCCGAAGAGAACCAGUAAAAGAGGCCAAGGAGCACUUCCCACCCUCUGACCCCCAGCACCUUCUCGACGAUGCCGUCUCUGAAACCGUCUCCAUCGGUGCUCUCCCUCCCCUUCACUUCCUCAAUGAGACCGUUUUUGAACGGACCAUCUCUGAGAGGGAGGACGCGGAGAACGUUCUGUCCCGCACGGCCGAGCAGAGGUCCGACCUCAUCCCGGGGGUGUACGAGGGAGGGCUGAAAGUGUGGGAGUGCACGUAUGAUCUCCUGGAGGUGAUCGACAGGGAAGGAGAGACAUUCGGCGACAAGGCGGUCUUGGAUUUGGGCUGUGGGGCGGGGCUCUUGGGGAUAUUGUCUUUGAAAAGAGGAGCCAGGGAAAUCCACUUCCAGGACUACAACAGUACCGUCAUUGAGCAGCUGACCAUGUCAAAUGUAAUUCUAAACUGCCAAGAUGAUGACUGUAACCUAACAGAGACCAAAUAUGGUACUCUGCCUCCCAAAAGAAGAGCUUUAGAAGCUCCAUCCCAGCACCUGCUACUAUCCAGGUGUAAAUUCUUCUCAGGGGAGUGGCGCUCAUUUAUUACUUUGGCCUCAAGUCAGGAGCCGCCAUUGAAAUACGACAUUAUAAUGACAUCAGAGACCAUAUACAACACUGCUUAUUACCCAGCGCUUCACGACGCCUUCCACAAACUGCUGGCGCCUCACGGACUCGUCUACCUGGCCACCAAGUCCCACUACUUUGGAGUGGGCGGCAGCCUGCACCUGUUUGAGACUUUUGUGGCGGAAAGGGGGGUUUUCUCUCUGGAUCACCUGUGGGAUGGCAAAGAUGGUCUUCAGAGACAUGUUGUAGUUUUGCGUUUUAAUAAAGAAGCAGACUAGUGUUUUAAGUGUAUACUACAACUGGAUGUGAACUUGGGGGUGCUCCAGAAAGCAUACGUCAUCUUUACAAUAUCAAAAUCAGCACAGACUUAUUUUUAUAAUACAUUUGUUUCUGGCAUUUCGUCAAUAAAACCUGACGCCAUGUGUCAGACUGUGUUUAUCACCGAGAACUCAACACAUUGACCGUGAAGUUGUGGUACAGGUAUUACUGGUCGUACGCAGGCUCUUAUCUAGUAGGAUGCACCUGUUUUUAUUAUAAGUUUAAACAAAUACAAAUAAAAACACAGCUCACACAUGAAAUAUGUCUGAAUUCUACAAAUACAAAUGCUUUAACCAAAGAUUGAAUUCAAAUAAAAUGUUCCUUUGCUGAAA